CAUCAAACACACCCAUGACCUCUUCUCCCCAUCCGCCAGUGAAACCGGAUCCGUCGACCCCCAUGGCGACGUCGAAAGCAGAAGAGGUGAUCGAUUCUCCUUCCCUGUCGCCUGGCGCUCGAUUCUCCUUCAUUGUUGUUUGUCUAGGCCCUGGAUUUGAGGCAUCGAAGAAGAACCACUUCCUCCUCGGCCACACCCACCUCCACAGUCCCUCUCCUUCGAAUCGCACAUCAUCCUUGUUGUCCUCCCCGAGAAGACGGAGGAGCAAGUCAAUCGCUAAGUUCCUAGACUCGGCACCCCCGAUCUGGAAGUGGAAGCUGGGAAGUCGAUGGAAUCGACGAGCAGGGGAAGUCGACAACCCCAACCUCCCCGAGCGCCCUCAUCCCGCCGUCGCUGUUGUAUCACCACUGCACCUAGUCGCCGCCAGCUCCUGUUGCCUCAAUGCCGAGUUUCCAUCGCCGUCCAGGCCAUCGAAGAAAGGAGGAAUCUGGAGCAAGUGUUGAAGAAGAGAAAGCAUUGAAAAGUAGAUUGGAGGAAAGGAAGGGAUGAAGAUGAUGUUGAUGGCGGCGGGGAAAGAGCCAGAAGACAUCUUCAAUUUAGGGUUAGGGUUGAGUUGUUGGGAAGUGGGGGUACGAAAUAGUGCAUUUAUUUUUUAUUUUUUUCAUUCUUAUUAAAUCAUAAAAAUUUGC